AUGACGCCGCCGCAGGAAGACCACUACCAAGUUCUUGGCGUUGACUGCAAUGCCUCCGACAGCGACCUGACCAAAGCCUACAAGAAGCUGGCGCUGAAGUAUCACCCAGACAAGUCAGACCAGCAGGACAAUUCCUCUGGUGAAACCUUCAAGAGAAUCACUGAGGCUUACAAUGUCCUGCACGAUCCGGAACAGCGGAAGUGCUACGAUGACCAGAGGGAUGCGAGGGCUUUCCAUCAAGGCUCUAAAGGCUUUGAACUCCACGAGUUCUGCGACCUUAUGACCCGACAGCCUCGAAAGGAAAGUCAUGCCUUCAGGCACUGUACCACCAAAUGGAGCUGUGAGGACCUGAAUCUAGAGAAGAUCUAUCGUGCUGUCAACUCUGGUGACGGACAGCCCAAACGGCACAAGCCCGGCCCAUUACGCACCAAGCACUGCACUGUCCCGGAUAAUACGGCAGUGGUGCUUCACAGUUUUCAGAAGUCCUUACACCACAACGGCUGUGAAGCCAGAGUCCGUGGCUUCGAUGAGAGAACAGGCCGGUACAACUUGGUGAUGGAGGGCUGUUGUUCUUUUGCGGUGAAGCCGGAGAACAUGGCCCAGAAAUGUUCUGCGAGAAUUCACGGACUGAGCCUCCAUCCCCAGCUGAAUGGCAAAGAGGUCCAGAUUAUGGGUUUUGAAGCAGGACGCUACCUGGUCAUGCUGCCUAACAGCGAUGCAGUUCUCACGCUGAAACCUGGCAAUGCGAUCUUGAGAGCUGGCACCUGCGUGCGGCUGCAGGGGCUGAGUCCUCUCGACUUGAAUGGCAAGAUGGCCCUGAUCUGUGAAGUUGACUUGGAUGCUGGCAGGUAUUCCGUGGAGUGUGCUGAUGGCCGUCAGAUUCGUGUACGAUGCGAAAAUGCGUUGUGCUAG